AUGGACGCCUUGCCGGGCUUCGUAGUCACCUCGCCGGCCGAGGUGCUGGAGGACGUGCUGCGGGAGCAGUUCGGGCCACUGCCCCAGCUGGCCGCUAUCUGCCGGCUCAAGAGACUGCCCUCGGGCGGCUACUCGUCCACCGAGGACCUCCAGUUGGUGCUGGAGCGGCGGCGUGUGGCCAACGCCAAGGAGCGCGAGCGGAUAAAAAACCUAAACCGUGGUUUUGCCAAACUGAAGACACUGGUGCCAUUUCUUCCUCAAAGCAGGAAGCCUAGCAAAGUUGAUAUCCUUAAAGGUGCAACUGAAUACAUACAAGUUCUCAGUGACGUUCUGGAAGGAGCCAAAGACUCUGAGAAACAAGACUCAGAUCAUCAGAACUAUAUCAACAAUACUUCUGAACCACAUAUGGCUAAAGAGCUAUUGAGAAACAACGCCCAGCAUGCGAGCCAUGCUGUGGGCUCAAAGAACGAGGAAAAAGUUCCCUGGGCAGAUGGUGGCAGCAGUGAGUCAGCAUACGCUUGUUGCCAGUGCUUGAUGUCUGCAACUGGAGUUACCUCCACGACCAGGAAUCUGGUAAAGUAUUUCUUUUUAAAUUGCAAUGUAGAUGUCAAAAAAAGUCAAAAUGCUUCUCUUGAUGUAUGGUUAUUCUCCAUGCUGAACCAUGAUUGA